AUGCUCUGCCGAGGGCGCGGGGGCUCCGCGGGGCUGUCGCGGUCCCCGGGCCCGUCCCCGUCGCUUUGCCUGACCGGGAAGGAAGCCCUGAGCCAUUUCCCGGCGCUGGGUGCGGCGGGGGGCCCGGGCAAGGGGCACCAGAAGCAGUGCGAGCUGCUGCAGCUGUCGCGCAAGCAGAGGCGGCUGUGCCGGCGGGAGCCGGGCCUGGCGGAGACGCUGCGCGAGGCCGUGCGCCUGGGCAUCCUCGAGUGCCAGCUCCAGUUCCGCAGCGAGCGCUGGAACUGCAGCCUGGAGGGCCGGCCCAGCCUGCUCAAGAGAGGUUUCAAGGAGACGGCGUUCCUGUACGCCGUGUCGGCGGCCGCGCUGACGCACUCGCUGGCGCGCGCCUGCAGCGCGGGGCGCAUGGAGCGCUGCACCUGCGACGACUCCCCGGGGCUGGAGAACCGCAAGGCCUGGCAGUGGGGGGUCUGUGGGGACAACCUCAAGUACAGCACCAAGUUCCUGAAGAAGUUCCUGGGGCAGAAGAGGAUCGGCAAAGACCUGCGGGCCAAGGUGGACAUCCACAACACCAACGUGGGCAUCAAGGCGGUGAAGAACGGCCUCAAAACCACCUGCAAGUGCCACGGCGUGUCGGGGUCGUGCGCGGUGCGGACGUGCUGGAAGCAGCUCUCGCCUUUCCACGAGAUCGGGCGGCUCCUCAAGCUGCGCUACGACGACGCCGUCAAAGUCUUCAGCAGCAGCAACGACGCGGUGGGGCACUCGGAGCUGGCGGGGCACAGACACGGCCCCCGGCAGCCCGGCGGGGGGGGGGGGGGGGGGGGGGGGGGGGGGGGGGGGGGGGGGGGGGGGGGGGGGGGGGGGGAGGACUCGCCCAGCUUCUGCCGGCCCAGCAGCUACUCGCUGGGCACGGCGGGCAGGACCUGCUCCCGAGAGGGCAACUGCGCCAGCAUGUGCUGCGGCAGGGGCUACAACACCCAGAGCCGCCUGGUCACCUUCGCCUGCCACUGCCAGGUGCGCUGGUGCUGCUACGUGGAGUGCCAGCAGUGCGUGCAGGAGGAGGUGGUGUACAGCUGCAAGCAGUAGGGAGAGCGGGGACAGCGCGGGGACAGCGACAGCGACAGCGACAGCGACAGCGACAGCGACGCGGCUCCGCUGCGGGACGAGCGCAAACGCCCGCGCCCGACGCGCGCUGCUCCUCAGCUCCUGCCCCUGCGCAACGGGAGAGCCGCCGGGUGUGGGGUCAGGAAGGACGGACAGACAGCCGGGGACAAGCAGAAACCCUGCUGGAGCCACAGAUGUCCCUCAGGUUGAAAGCCGUACUCAUCUCUGCGGGAAUAUCCUCCUCCUCACCCCCGGUGCGCUCCUGGAAAUGCGUGCGGCGGUGACAUUUGGGACACUGAGGGCUCCUGCACGGGACGGAAUUCAGGGAAUGGGCAGGCGCCAACCAGAGACUCCUGGCUCCAGGAGUGGCAGGACAGCCGUGCAAAAGCACAAAAAGGACUCUGGCAGUGGGGGAUUGCCGGUGGGAGCUGGCUGAGAACUCAGAAAUACCAGUUUACAAACAAAGGGAGCUCACGUCCGUCACCUCCCAGGUCUGUAGUUUGGAUAUUGGACUCCAGGUGAAUUUUAACCUGUUCCAGGUCACCUGGGAUUGCCUCUGUGACAAUCCCAGAUUGAGCCACGGGGACUCAGAGGGCGGUGAAGUCACUCCCCUGCAGCCCAUGGCCGCACAGGCGGGUAUUUAUUGGUGGUGAUGCAGGGUGAUGGAUCCGGGGUGAUCCGGGGUGCAGGAGUUACGCAUCUCUCCUCCUCCUCCUCCCAGUCAAUCAAUCAAUCAAUCAAUCAAUCAAUCAAUCAAUCAAUCAAUCAAUCAAUCAAUCCUUUCUGUUCUAUGUGCAGCACGCUCUGCCUGGUGCCCCAGGUGUGUCACAUCCCACAGUCCUGCCCUGUGCCAAUGACAGGUAAAUCUUCUGAAAGGGAAUUAGGAACCACAGGAACUGGGGCAUCUGAAAAAUGAGCAAGUCAUGAGUGACAAUCCCUGCCCUGAGAAAUUCGGUAUAUCCAGGGGUGUGAGGGAAGGUGACCUGGGGAAAAGAGCACAGGCUGUCAUAGAGUCACGAGCCCCUGACUUUGAACCUUGUUUUUCCCUUUGACUUUCAGCUGAGCACACCAGACUCAGCUGUUCAGCUCCUCUGGCUGUGAUUUGGGGGCAGUUUUGGGAAUGGCAGCGAGGCUCCCCCUGACCUGGCCAGCAGGUAGAUGUAGCACAGCCUCUCUGGCUGUUCAGCCCUCUGAGUGUAUUUUCCUGCUCCAGGGUUUUCCUGGUUAAUCCUGCAGCAGCUCUGGAUUGUCUGAGGUAACAAAUCUGCUGCGUGUACUCACUCUUAGCAAUGGGUACAACCAGCCAGAGUGGAGAUGGGCUGGUGCUGCAAAGAAUAUGGGAAUGCUUAAGCUCAAAUCAGAAUUCACUGGCAGUGUAGGGGGGAAGAUGCUGGUUUGGAUUGCUGGAUGGGCUCAUCCACAGGCAGAAUUGGGCUGAAUUCCAGCAGGAUGGAGCUCUCCUCAGAGGUGUGGGAUCUGCAGUGGGGAUCUGCUGGGGUUGGGCAGCUCAGCCAGUCAUUUCCAGCUGCUCUGAGCAAUUCCCCCACAGUCAGGAGUGUGUGCUCACACUCUCUUUACCUUGACUUUGUUGUCCUUCUGGUUUUUACAACUAUUUUUGACUUCUGCUCCCUCCAGGGCUGGCACAGAGCAGUCUCAGAGCAGAUCAAGCCCUUAACUGGCUGUUCAGAGGCCACUCAACCUUCCCUGUCACCAGCUACAGGUCUUUUAAAGGGCUUAUUGC